AUGAGUGGAAAUGAUCCAGAGGAUAUAAAAGUGGAGUCAAAGACAAAAGAAAAGAAGAAAAAACGGUCAGGUAGCAAACCAGAGGUAUUGCUAAGAAUAGAACGUAUUACAGGGAAACAAGUUGCAUUCUAUGAAGGAGAUAUACGAGAUAAAGCAGUUCUUCAAAAUAUCUUUAAACAGCAUUCAUUCACCCAUGUAAUCCAUACUGCAGGGCUAAAGGCUGUUGGUGAAUCCAUCACUAUGCCUAUUGAAUAUUACAACUGCAAUGUAGGAGGAACGAUAUGCCUUUUAGAAGUGAUGAAAGAGUUCGGCUGUUACAACAUGAUAUUUUCGAGUUCAGCGACGGUUUAUGGCCCGCCGGACUAUCUCCCAAUAGAUGAGAAGCAUCACGUAGGGCGUGGGAUCACUAACCCUUACGGCAAGACCAAAUUCUUUAUUGAAGAGAUUCUAAUAGACCUAGCUAAGGCUGAAAAGGAAUGGAAUAUAGUGAUAUUACGUUACUUCAACCCCGUUGGUUCUCACAAGUCAGGUCUUAUUGGUGAGAAUCCUCAGGGAAUACCCAACAAUCUCAUGCCUUUCGUCUCUCAAGUAGCUGUAGGAAGGAGAGAAUGUGUGAAAGUCUUUGGCACAGACUAUGAUACACCUGAUGGCACAGGUGUACGAGAUUACAUCCAUGUAUUAGAUCUAGCCUCUGGCCACGUAGCUGCAGUGAAUAAAGCAUUAGAGGGGUGCGGUCUAAAGGUCUAUAACCUUGGCUCAGGGAAAGGAUACUCUGUACUGGAUAUGGUCAAAGCUAUGGGUAAAGCAUGUGGAAAAGAGCUCCCAUAUGAAUUGACGGGAAGAAGAGACGGGGAUAUAGCUUCAGUGUAUGCUAACUCAGCAUUAGCAGAGAGUGAAUUACACUGGAAGGCUGAAAGAGGAUUGGAUGAGAUGUGCGAAGAUCUAUGGAGGUGGCAGUCAAACAAUCCUACCGGAUAUUAAAUAGGUUUCAUACAUAGUACUUUAUAAACAGCUUCCACGUAGCAGUUAAUUAGAGGACAUCGUGCCAUAUUGUAUUUCUGUUUCAAGAAGCAUGUGCAAUCUAUCACCAACAGACAGUCAUUUGUUGCUAUAUCAGGCAACUGUCUUACAUGAUUAAUUCAAAGGAAUGAUUGCGCUGCUUAAUGAAGCAUGUUAGGCAACUCGUACCCUUUUUAAUCUCUAGGGUAUUACGGUUGUGCUUUUACUCUUUAUACAUGUAAAAGUUUAGGUGGGAUUAUAAUUAAUGAACACAGGGGGGUGGUUUCACAAAGAUUUAAGUGUGACUUAAGGACCUGUCGCAUUGUUCCGUUCCGUGUUAUGAGCAUGUUGAAAACUUAUCUGUGUGCAAAUCCGACUUGCGUGCGCUUCUGCGUGUGAGUUGCGUGCAAGAUACUGUCAAUGCAAGCAUUCUGCGGGUAGCAAAAUUAGUUACCCGCAAGUCACACGCAAGGCUUGCACGGAUCGAUGUGACAGGGCCUUAGAGUCGCACUUGAACUUCAGUUGCGUGCAGUAUAUGAUGCAUCACGGCAUGAGUCAGAUCGUACGCACAAGACACGCACUACCAUGCAUCCAUCAAUCAGAUUAAGCGUUAAAUAACGUGCAUGUUGACAUUUUAGCAUAACUGUAACUCACACUCUUUGUGAAACACCCCCCAGGGCCCAGUCUUACAAAGAGUUACGAUUGAUCCAAUCAAGCGUAACUCUAUGGAAAUCCAUCAGGGUCAUAAUUUUUUCUACAGGAAAUUCGCACAAUGUCUCUUGUAAACAAAGGACAACACACCAAAUUGUCAAGAAAUCAAUGAAUUAAUGGAUAUAUAUUCAUAUCUAGAAAAAAAAUUUGAACAAACUUGCAUUUUAUAUGUUGACUUUGCUGGCUUUCCAUAGUUGCGAUUGAGUGGAUCAAUCGCAACUCUUUGUAAGAUGGGCCCCUGGUUUAACUCCAGACUAUAACAAGAACAUUAUUUCACCCUUAUGUGGCAUGCCAGCUUUCAUCUUCCGUAUUCAAUAUUCAUGACAUAAAUAACGUACCAAAUAAAUCAUUGCAAAAUCAUUGUAUUCUCAUGUUCUCCUAUUCUCAUUUCAUAACAAAAUCGAACUACUUGUAGUCAUCAUGGGAUUAAACUGAUUUCUACUUGGUGAAAUCGUUAAUAACUCGAAAUCCAAGUGUGAUUAAGUUAACCUAAUGUAUCAGUGCUACAGUAUUGAAAUACCGCCAACCAUUUUUUUUUUUUUUUUUGGCUUUUUCUGUUUGUAUUCAUCUUAAAUUGAGAGGAAGCAGUCUUGUAUGAUUAGGGGUGCCAAGAUAGGAACCUACAUCAUCUUCCCCUCACAGUCCCAAUCUUCAAGAUGCAUGUUAUGGUUUACAGAAGGAUGGAUUGUGCAUGUAUUAAGCACCCUAAUCUCAUCAGUAUUUUUACUCAGUAUUGGAGGGGAAAAUGAUGUAAAUAUAGAUAAUGGUAUUUGGGUUGAUAUUUAGCAACAAAAGGGAAUUAGUAUAUAGAUUUAGUUCAGUAAUUUUAAAUGAAUAUACAAUUGUAUUUAGGUAAUGAAAACACAAGGGACAAUUUCAUGCAAUAUGUACAUCAGACUAUUCUAUAACCGUGUGGGACCUUCCUGACAGAUUUGUCUUUAAUAUAAUUAUGUUCUCUAGUUCAUACAACAUGUUUCUUUUAGACCUGAACAUGUCAUGUAGGGAAGUAACUAUCAAGAAAAAUGGGUAGUGGAUGUACAAUUUGUCUCUUCCAUGUUAUGGAAAUGCCCUUUAUGACAUUGGCCUAUGAUCAAACUGUAUAUGUAGUUGUGGAUAUAAUUACAGAAAGUAAUCUUGUUUGAAUGAAAUUAGGGGGGGGGGGGGUUCUAGGACAUCGCCCCUAGACCAACUCUCAAAGUUUUCAGGUAAACUGUCUUUUGGUAAAGUUGUCCUUUGAGAAUGCUGUCUUUGGGGAAAGUCUUCCUCUUUAUUGUAUGAUGUGCUAUGGAGUAGUUGUGUAGUUGAAGUCAUGUCCAAGGGGAGCUACAGUAUAUGCAGAGAUGCCAGUCUCCAGGCACACGCCUGAUUUUAGGCCCUGACAGCUUUGAAUUUCAGGCUUUUCAAAGGUGUUUUUAAACAGAAUAUACAAGGCAUUAUUUAUAAGCUUCUAUUUAGUCCAGGGGCCUGUAACAAAGCUUAGCAAUCAAUCGUAGAACAUUUCUCUACGAUUGAUUGCAUUAACUACAAUGUACAAUCAAUCAUGAAAAUCAAAGAGUACAAUCAAUCGCUAACCUUUGUGUUACGGGACCCUGGUUAGUAAAACUGACUGGCAUCCUUAUGUAUAGGAUUACACGCAGGUCAAUGUGAUAUUGACUAGUUUGAAAUUUCAUUUAUCUUUUGGGCUUCCUCCUAUGUGUUUUGUAUAUAUUAAAAAAAAUGUCUCAAAUGCUGCAAUUCUCAAUCUGUGAACAUCAAUUACAAGAUAUCAGUAGCCUGGUCUGAAUUUGUGUGCUAAGAAAAGCCAAUCGUGAUGCAAAACUCGUAAAUGCGCAAUUGGAUCACAGUUCAUUCUCAACUGUCUGGGAAUAGUAACAAAGAUUUUCCUCACAGUUUAGAGCCUGGGAAAAUUACAGAGUAUAACAUACAAAACAUGCAAUGUAAACAAAAUUGUGACAUUUUCUGCAUACCAAACAUUCAGUACAGAGUUAGACCAUGGCAAAAUUAUGGCCAGUAUUAUUUGCUUUUGAUUAUCCAUGUAGAAGAUAAUAAUUUAAUAUGAGGAGUUGUAACAUAAGGCAGCCUUAGAUGUGUGAAAAAAAAACUUCUUUGACAUACUUGUUGACCUGUUUAAGGAUGGGUCAUUGUGUAAAGGACCAGUGAUUUAACCAGGACAAUCUGUGCCAUGGCUUAGUAAGAUAUAUUCAGUAUAUAUUGAUACCGAGAAAUACUGUUCUUUCAUUUGUCAGUUAUGUGUAUAUCUAGCUCUGAAUAAAACUCAUUUAUUAUCACUUAAAAAAAAUUGUGAUGUAUAGACUAUUACGAGAGGGAUCUAGGUAAAGAUUCAUACAGUAUAGAAAAUUCUAGGUUUUAGAGAACUAUAGAAAUUAACGACAUAAUUAUUAUGUCUGUAAUUAUAGUUAAAAUGAACUAUGCUCAAGGUACUUGACCAAUGUUUCACUUAAAAAGAUAUUACUGAAUUCUAUAAUAUCCAGAUCACUUGAGAAAUUUCGGGAGAACAAAGAUUCUGUGCAAUGUGAAAAUUACAAUAAUUCAAUGUGGGAAGUUUCAAUAUCCAUGUUAUUUUCAGGAGUAUUUGUGUCAUUAUGUAGCUCCGCAUUCGCAUAUGAUAAUCAUUUUGUCCUCAUUUUAGGAAGCGCGUUAUCAUUCCUUGGUGCCGAGUUCAGGCUCGCUGUACUAUUGUCUGAUUUUUGUCUUAAAUCAAACUUUAAGAUGCCAGGGAGUAAUGCUGAAUUUCAUUUUUGAGUUAUUUGUUUUCAAGAUAUUUCUUGGUCAAUGCAGCGAAAAUAUAUUGUACAGGUAUUGGGCAAUUAGAAAAAUAUAUAAUGCAGUAUAAUAGUUAUAUUAUAUUGGAUGGCUCUGAAUGGAAUACAAGAAAUAUUCCAAGAGUUCUGGAAAAUAUUCCACAAAUCGCAGAUGAGUGGAAUAUUGGCCCUAAUGAGUGGAAUAUUUCUGGUAUUGUACUUAUUAUCAUCUAUCCCAUUCCCCCCCCCCC